GUCGGUUUGAACGGGACUCUGAACGAAGAUUUGAACGAAGAGACGAUCGAAUGAAACGAGAUCAUGAUCGCGAUAGAGAAACUGGCGGUGGUGGUGGCGGCGGCCGAGAUUGGAGAAUGGAUCGCGAAAAUGAACGAGGAGCCAAUAAUUAAAAAUGAUGACGAUGCCAGGCCCAUGAGACGAAUACCAGAUCGAGAUAGACUUGGUCCAUCAUUGCGCAAUGAACGAGACCGUCCUCCAGCAAGAACUGAUGGCGGUGAUUGGAGAUCCGCCACAAAAUCACAGGAAAUGCCAAAAAGAACUGAUGUCCUCCGCUUAGGUCAAAUGCAAGGAAUGAAAAAGCAAAUGACAAUACACAGUCUUCUGAUGGUGAUGAAUGGCAGGCCGUCAAGCGUAGAUAAAUUGGUACCAAAUCAACAUUGCAUAAAUAAUACCUGUUGCUAGAAUUUAGUAAUAGGUAUUUAUAAAAUUAAUGCCAUUUUGAAUGCAGGACCGGACCUACUUUUUGGAAUUAUUCCGUGUAAAUUUGGCAGUAUAUUUGUAUGAACUAAUUAUUGAUACAGACGUAUAGAAAAUUUCUUACAAUAUAAUCACAUGCCUUACUUUCUUAAUUUGCAUAUAUUACCUGUAAAUGGAUUUUAUUACUCAAUUAAAUAACAGAAUUUCAUUGAAUAUAUUAAACAAAAUUAU